GACGAGGCAGCGGGCGCCGCGGAGGGCCGCCGCCGCCGCGGGCAGAGCCGGGCUGCCCCCAGACGACGAGCCAGGGCCCCGCAGCGACGAGAACAUGAGUGAAAAACUGAACGAUUGUUUGGGGGAAAUGGUAACUAUCAAGACGGAACCCUGCUCUCCAUGCCAGGAAGACGAAUAUGGGCAACUCUGUUCUGGAAAGGUUGACUCCCAGUCCAUGAACGUAGAGCAUAAAAAACUGAAAGGAAAGCAAGAUUUGAUCAUGUCCAAGAGUUUUCAGCAAGUAGAUUUCUGGUUCUGUGAGUCCUGCCAGGAGUAUUUUGUGGAUGAAUGUCCAAACCAUGGCCCGCCCGUCUUCGUCUCGGAUGCUCCAGUCCCCAUUGGCAUCCCUGACCGAGCUGCUAUGACUGUUCCACCUGGCAUGGAAGUGGUGAAAGAGCCCAGUGGAGAGCGGGAUGUGCGCUGUGUGAACGAAGUUAUCCCAAAAGGUCGUAUUUUUGGACCAUAUGAAGGGAAGCUCUCCAGUCAGGACAAAUCUGCAGGAUUCUUCUCUUGGCUGAUUGUUGAUAAGAACAACCGCUACAAAUCCAUAGAUGGGACCGAUGAGACUACGUCAAACUGGAUGAGGUAUGUGGCCAUAUCCCGGGAGGAGAUAGAACAGAACCUCAUGGCCUUCCAGCACAGCGAGAGGAUUUACUUCCGGACCUGUCGAGACAUCCGGCCAGGGGAGAGGCUAAGGGUCUGGUACAGCGAGGAUUAUAUGAAGCGAUUGCACAGCAUGUCUCAGGAGACCAUCAACAGAAACCUCACAAGAGGAGAUAAAAAAUUACUAAGGGAAAGGUCAGAAAGAAAUCUAGAAAACCAAGACGAUAUGAGCUACCCCCUCGAGCUCACCACGUCAAAGCAAGGGAAGAGUUCCUACAAGCGCAGCUUUGAAGAAGGUGUGUCUCAACCCCAAACGAAGAAGAAGAAAAUAGACCUCAUCUUCAAAGAUGUUCUAGAGGCUUCCCUAGAGCCAACAAAGAUGGAAGAGCACAAGGUGAUAAAGAAUUCUGCUCCUUCCACUAGAAAGUCCUCCAGAUUUCAAGCACGAGAUGCCUCGGAAGGUUGUGGGCCUGGUAUUCAUCACAGCUCUCCAAAUCACAGUAGAGGCAGGAAUGAGGGUGAGUGGAAAGUCCCCCGCAGCUCCAAAGACAUUGGCCUGCUGGAAGACGAAGGGGAAGAGGCCUUGUCAUUUAAAGUGAACAGCCCCACCGAUCUGUCUCUGGCAUCGACUCAGGAUGAUGCCCUUGAGAUCCCGACAACUUCAUUGUGUCCCAACUGUGUACGGUUGAAGAAGAAGAUUCGCGAAUUGCAGGCUGAACUAAACAUGCUAAGAUCUGGCAAGUUAGCCGAGGCACCUCUACUACCUCCUCAGGUACCUGAGUACCAAGCAUUUUCAUACCCCUCAGCUUCGGAAAGCAUCAUGUCUGUUCCCACCAUCAUGGAGGACGACGACCAAGAGGUGGAUUCAGCAGACGAAUCUGUCUCCAAUGACAUGAUAACAGCCACAGAUGAGCCUUCCAAAUUGUCCGCCGUCACCAGGAGGAUUCGGCGCUUCAAGCAAGAGUGGCUCAAGAAGUUUUGGUUUCUGAGGUACUCCCCGACGCUCAACGAAAUGUGGUGCCACGUCUGCCGCCAGUAUACGGUGCAAUCCUCUCGGACUUCGGCUUUCAUCAUUGGCUCCAAGCAGUUCAAGAUACACACAAUCAAACUUCACAGCCAGAGCAACCUCCACAAGAAGUGCCUGCAACUUUACAGGCUCAGGAUGCACCCGGAGAAGACGGAAGAGAUGUGCCGAAAUAUGACUCUGCUCUUCAACACAGCCUACCAUUUAGCGAUGGAAGGCCGGCCCUAUUGUGACUUCAGGCCUCUUGCGGAACUACUGAGAAAGUGUGAGCUCAAAGUGGUGGAUCAGUAUAUGAACGAGGGAGACUGUCAAAUCUUGAUCCACCACAUUGCGCGAGCUCUUAGAGAAGAUCUCGUCGAACGGGUCAGGCAAUCUCCCUUCCUCAGCAUCAUUUUGGACGGGCAGAGCGACGAUUUGCUUGCCGACACAGUUGCGGUUUACGUGCAGUAUAUCAGCAGCGAUGGGCCUCCAGCCACUGAAUUCCUCUCUCUCCAGGAGCUGGGCUUUUCUGCAACCGAUAGUUACAUCCAAGCAUUAGAUAGGGCUUUCUCCGCCCUGGGAAUCCGGCUGCAGGAUGAAAAGCCGAGUGUUGGUUUGGGAGUCGAUGGUGCUAACAUCACUGCCAGCCUUAGAGCUAACAUGUACAUGACAAUCAGAAAGACUCUGCCUUGGCUGCUCUGUCUGCCCCUUAUGGUACACAAGCCGCACUUGGAGAUAUUGGAUGCGAUUAGUGGGAAAGAGCUUCCUUGCCUGGAGGAGUUAGAAAACAAUCUGAAGCAGUUACUCAGCUUUUACCGUUACUCUCCCAGGCUGAUGUGCGAGCUGAGGGUCACUGCUGCUACUCUCUGUGAAGAAACCGAGUUUUUGGGAGACAUCAGAGCAGUGAAGUGGAUCAUCGGGGAGCAGAAUGUCCUCAACGCUCUGAUCAAGGAUUACUUGGAAGUGGUGGCCCAUCUCAAAGAUGUCAGCGGCCAAACACAAAGAGCAGAUGCGUCUGCCAUUGCCUUGGCUCUCCUGCAGUUCCUCAUGGACUACCAGUCGAUUAAGCUGAUCUACUUCCUGCUGGACGUCAUCGCCGUGCUUUCGCGCCUUGCCUUUGUCUUCCAAGGCGAAUACCUCCUUGUGUCGCAGGUGGAUGACAAAAUCGAGGAAGCCAUCCAAGAGAUCAGCAGGCUCUCCGAUUCUCCCGGCGAGUAUCUCCAGGAGUUUGAGGAGAGCUUUCGAGAAAGCUUCAAUGGCGUCGCUGUGAAAAACCUACGGGUGGCAGAAGCCAAAUUCCAGUCCAUUCGAGAAAAGAUAUGCCAGAAGACCCAGGUGAUUCUAGCUCAAAGGUUUGAACCUCGCAGCCGGGCAUUUGUGAAAGCCUGCCAAGUGUUUGACCUCGCAGCUUGGCCGAGGAGCGCAGAGGAGCUUAUGAGCUAUGGCAGGGAAGAUAUGGUGCAGAUUUUUGAGCACCUCGAAGCCGUGCCAACCUUUUCCACAGAAGUGAGCAGAGAAGGCAUGGACCCCAGGGGGAGCUUGCUCAUGGAAUGGCGGGAACUCAAGGUGGAUUAUUAUACCAAAAAUGGUUUCAAAGAUUUAAUCGGCCACAUUUGUAAAUACAGGCAGAGGUUUCCUCUUUUAAACAAAAUCAUCCAGAUCCUCAAAGUUCUUCCCACCUCCACAGCCUGCUGCGAAAAGGGGCGCAAUGCCCUGCAGAGAGUGCGCAAGAACAAUCGCUCUCGGCUCACCCUGGAGCAGCUCAGUGACCUUUUGACAAUUGCUGUUAACGGACCACCUAUUGCCAACUUCGAAGCCAAGAGGGCACUAGAUAGUUGGUUUGAGGAGAAAUCUAGCAAUAGUUACGCACUGUCUGCAGAAAUGCUGAGCAGGAUGUCCUCCCUGGAUCAGAAGCCAGUGCUGCAGAGCAUGGACCAUGGGUCGGAGUUUUACCCUGAUAUUUAGCAAGGAAUGCCUCUCGUUUAGAAAGCUGUUGAAUCCCUUUUUUAAAGAGAAAAAAAUCAAUACUCUAAGCUUUGAUAUAGUAUAUGAAAUAUAUAUAUAUAUAUAUUAUAUAUGUAUGUAUGUAAAGCCCAACACUGAAAAUUUAAAACUUAUCUGAUGGAAGCUAAGAGGAAUUUUUAUGAAUGAGACAAGACUUAACAUUUACUGACAUCUUCAACCGUGGCAGCUGCAAUGUAGGUGGCAACAUUUCAUUCUUCAGAAUCAUGUGCUGGGGCCAUAGUCUAUAUUUUCAAACUGAAUCGAUGUUAUAAGCUAGACGUGGCAGGCCAAUGUCAUCCUACUUCUCAUUAUGCUUCUGUGUGUACGUCUUCUCUCUUUCUGUCUCUCCUUCUCUCUCUGUUUCUUUGUUAGUUAGCAAUUGAGCCAUUUCAGCCCUCUACUAAUGAUGCUUGGGAUUUUUGAGCCCAGUGCCUACAUUUUGGUAUUUCUUUUCCAGCUUCCCAAUUUUCACGUAGGCUAGAGUGGAUUCUUGCAGCUUCUUCUGAUGAUCUGGUUCAUUUUCUGUUGUUUCUGUCAAUUGGCCCAUGAUGCCCCUUCCUUGGUCUUAACCACCGGUGGGCAUUUUCAGUGUAAGGCAAAACCUUUUUUCUGCUACUCCUGUGAAAAUUCUACUAACGAUUCAUGUAUCUUACAAUAUUGAUAGCAUGUUCAGAUGAAAAUAGCAUAAUGCAGAAGAUGGGGAACUAUUGGGGUGGGGUGGGGUGUUUUUGCAUUUAUAUUUUUAUAUAGUAGACAAUGAGAAAAAUUAAAUAAAACUCUUUACUGAAAACCCGGGCUGCUGUGGAAGCUAGAGAGCCAACGAGUCAAAGCCCCGUAACAGGGCAGAGACUCCAGGGCUUAAAAUAUGUAUGCUAAUUUUAUGUUAUUUAUACUCGGUCUUUAUCAUCAUAAAUGGGUUGUGUCUUUGUUUGGGUUUUUAUAACAAGUGAAAGAAUGCCUGCCAUGUUUCUGUGGCAGGGGAUAUCAAUGCAAGAUCCGUCGUUGAUUGUCGUCACAUGACAAGGUCCUCUUAGGGGUUCACAUAUCCUCCGUUGAGUAAGGUUUGAAGUUCAGUCAUCUGGCAAAAGAAAAAACUGAAUGCUGUGUUUAUUCCUGUGAACUGCUUCUUUCAAAGGGGUGCAUGGUAUGGCAACAUAUUUGCAGCUCAAAUAAACACAUCUGUGGAGAUUUUUUAUUUUUUUUUACUACCCCAACGCUUCAGGUUAAAUAAGCCAAAAUGAGCACAAAACCUCCACUGCUGACUGUGCCUUGCCCUGCUAAUAUUGCAGAAAGCAGCACCACAACAAUAAUGGACAAUCACAGGAAUAAAAUGAUUUUUUUUGCCCGGAACUACUAGGAUGGCAUGUUUCCAGAGGGACUAACCUUAUGCCAGUCGGCAUUGUUUUGGAAAUACAGCAAUGACGUCAGUUACACUGAACUUUUCCAUAUCCCUUCUCUCCACACACACCCUGCCAUUUUCCCCCUGACCCUUCCUAUUGGUCUUGGUGCUAAAGUAUCUCUGGAACCGAUGCUGCUAGCUGCUAGCUUUUCAUUUAUAUAAAUAUAUGAUUUUAUUUUUUAAACCGUACGUUUUCAGUGGCAAUGUAGCAUGUUGUUAAAGCAGUCUCUCUUAGGGUAUAUCUGCACCAGCUUCCUUCACUGUGUCUUUUCCUCCUCCUCUUUUUCGCUCAGUGGAAAUGUCCCAGGAAUAAUCUUUUAGCAUUGUUCCCAUACAUGGGCGAUUCUUAUAUCCAGGGCUCAAAGCUCAUUCCCUCCACCCUGCAACUGCUCAAUGAAAAACAAAGAAAGCCCCAGAUACCUUGAUGUGUUGUCAUACAAAAGAACUAGGGAUCGAGGCUUCGUGCUUUGUGGCAUCUCCACGGGAUUGUAAAGCAGUUGGAGCUGUUAAGAGAACUCAGCCCGGCUGCUUCCAGACAAAAGGAAAGCGGGGUGGGAGGGAAGAUAGCUGAAGGAUUUAGUGAGUUGUCUUAUGAUAAAUGCACAACAGUAGCAUAAGAAGCGGCACAUAGGCAAAAAUAGAAAGAUGAUGGGUUGAAGCAGUGGUUUUCAACCAGUAUGCUGUAGCACCGUGGGGUGUCUUGAAUGAUGGUCGGGGUGCCACAGGCAACACUGGCCUCUGUCCCUCUUUCCUUCCCUCCCUCCUCUGAUGCCCUCUCACGUCUCUGCCUCCCAAAGGCUUGCACAACUGUUUGUUGCAGCAGCCCUGGAUACAAGGUCCAAGGCUGACCAAGGUGUGCUUCCCAGACCCCUGUGGGACAGUGUGAGGAGGCACCUCUCUUUGGGGCAGGGGGAUGCAGCUCAGAGGCCGAGGGAGGCAGCUGUAACUGACUGGCAGACUCCCAAGGAGAAGGGAGUGGUGAGGAGGCUGAGGAACACUGCACAAGGGAGGGUGCUCCGAGGGGCUUCUGGCUCUGCAGGCAAGGGGUGACACAACUGGGCUCCUGAGCCGCACAGGGGUGCCGCAGAAAGAAUGCAGUUGGUCAAGGGAGCCGUGGACCCAAACAGGUUGAAAACCUCUGGGUUGAAGAACGAGCCAGAGGGAGAAGCUCUGGGGUAGGACAGUUGUAAUUGUAUGGGAGUUAGUGCUUUUUUUAAAAUGUGGCACUGACUUGCAUAUGAAAGCAGG